AUGGAGGCCGAAGAGCUGAUGGUGCUGUUCGGGGAUGACUCGGUGGAGGUGCACUACGCGGGGGGGUCCCGCCUGCUGCUGUCUCCGUGCGGCUGCGAAUACCUAUACGAAGCAGCGGUGCUCCCCGCCGCCCACCCGCUCCAGCCGGCGGAGACCACCCGCCAGCGGGUCGCCUUCGUCGUCAGUGCCUACAGGGAACAACUUCUACGAGCUCUAGAUUUCCGGAACAAGUUUUCUUCUCGCCCGUACUUACCUUCCCGCGUUAUACCUCCAGAGAGAAAAAAGAUUCUUCUCAAUGAUAUCUUAGAAAUUAGAUGGCCUGACCCUGCAACAGCUGAUCUGACAAGAUGUAUGGACAAUGGCAGUGUGAAGAUCUCAUCUGUAGAUGGCUAUGCUCACCUUUACUUGUCAGAAUUACAGCAAGAAUUUACAGUGGAGUUCUUAUGCAAAGUCAGCCAGUCAUCUGCAGCAUCGUUAUGCUCCUCUCAAAAGUACAGCUACUAUCAAACUGGAGUUCAGCGUGAAAAACCAAGUAAUGACUCUGUCACAGAAAUGUCAUUGAAACAAACAAAAAUAGAGAAUAAGAAGAAUAAACAUGGUUGUGCUGAAGGUAAAUUCAGGGAACCAACCAAACCAAAGGAUCGAGGAGACACCAGUUGUUCUUCUGAAUACACAUGGGUUACACAGUGUUGGUCUGUUUCCUCCUGUCCAGAAGAAUGGAAAUAUCCUUUGUCUUUGGCACUGAUGUGCUGUAGCUUACAUACGGUUAAGAACGUAAUGAAGCCAUGUGGGGAAACUAACCAUACAUCUAUCAAGGCUGGUUUAACAGACCCUGAAACACAUGAAACAGUUUCUUGUUUACCUACAGCUUUGCCACUUAGCUGCAGAGCUCCACAUUUACACAGGUGGACUUUCUGUGACUUCUUUCAGAAUGAAGAUACUGAAAACUAUUCAUGCCCUCAGCUAAUUCAAGUUGUAUGGUGCCAGGGUGUUUUUUACAGAUUUAUCCAUGGUAGGACAAACAUCACAGAAGUUUAUCCUGGUGAUGACUCAUUUUUCAAGUCAGAGGGAGCGUUUUUAGGAAAAUAUUUCAUACGUUAUGCAGUCCAAAAAGGAACAAAAAAGGUGGAAGAAAAAGUGUAUUCAGUGAACAGUCUUCCUCCUGAUGUACCAGGAAAUCCAUAUUCUAUAUCCUCCAUUAUUACUCAGGCAACCAAAAUACUUCAUUAUUGCUGCAAGACAAAACUGUUAUUAAGUCAUAACUAUUAUCUCUGCUGCUGGAAAGUGGUACCCGAGACAGAUGGACGAGAAAUGUUGCCAGUUUUGCUGUAUGAAAAGAUUAUUCCCAGCAUGGGAAGACUCUUUGUGUACUCAGAUCAUAAAGUCCAUGCUGCUUUUUGGGAUGGGUUGACCCUGAAUGUGGUUUGGGAUUUCAGCUCCUCCUCUAAUGAGAUUCAGGUAAAUGAAGAUGUAGGCUGGUGUAAGUUAACUACUCCUGAUGGGGUACAGCAGCUAAUACAAAUAAGUCAUCCUGGAGUCUAUGAAAGGUACAUCAGAACAGCAAUAGAAUGGUGCAGAAGUUUGAAUGAAAGGAAAGAGAUUGCUGAAGAUACUGCACACUCUGUAACUGAAGAAAACUGGUCUGCUGAUGCUGAGCUCGAAAAAAUACAGAGAUUUAAUUUUUUUUUAGACAGUAGCAAUGCUCCGGAAGGGACGUCUGGUAUCGCUGUCAGAAAAAAUGAAAGCAGAAGUGAAUUGGAAGAACUCAGUGUCGGGUGCGUCUUGGAAGCUUUGGAGAAAACUUCUAAAGUCAUUCAGGAUAUUGAAUCUCUGCUCGCUGCUUCUGGGAAGUGAAGCCUCACAGCAGAUGAAGACCUGUGUUCCGUGUCCUCAUAGGAGCUGUCCUGGCUGUGUCUGAGGGAGCUCUGAGGGGCAGCAGGAACGAAGGCUGCUGAAGGCACAGGGACAAGUUGCCAUUGUGACACCCGUGAAAUCUGUGAGCUGCCACUGUCAUGUCAGUAACAGUGCCAGGGGUAUGUUUGGUAUAGGCAAAGAGAACAGGUGAAAUAGAGCACAGCUGUGUAAAUACAUCGGGGCUGACCUGACCGUGCUGCUCUUAAAUGUAUGAAGUUGUGUUUGAGUCGAUUGAUUUCAUAGAACAACUUAGUGAACUGCUGAAGUGACUAGAGUAGGGAUAGGCAGAUUUAACUGUAAAAAUGUGCUUUUAUUCAGAAGCUUACACCAAGAAGUCCAAUAAAACGUUUCCCAAAUUCUUUAUAUUCUCCUCUUUUUUUUUUUUUUCCUUUUUUUUUAGUAAAUAAAUAGUUUAUUUCAGGGCAGAAGACUGUUUUCUCCCAGCGCUGUAACCAGCCGUAGCACGAACAC